CAACUCAGCUGUCGUGCACGUUCGUUCAGGUUACCUUCCCGGACUGGGAGGUGAUUUUUCGAGAUGUUGUAGUCUUUUAGUUUGAUUUUACUCCCGCUGAACAAUCUCGGAGGUCUUUUGUGUUUACAUGGAUGUAAAGCCGAGCCGGCCCCUUUCGCCAUAAAUGGGUAUAUGCCAAGGGAAAUGCCGAAAAGGUCGGAGAGACGAGACCAGCGACGACUCGAGGGAGAGGACAAGGUCCAGGAGCGCUCCAUCCCACUCCAGAGGAUACACAAGGGAGAAGAACAGCGUUAUAGAAGGGCUUAUAUUAGAUUCCUUGAGGGCCAUAAGAUCCCUCGUAGAAAAUGAUCAAGAGCCACCAGAGGAGUUGUUUAAACUCCAUAGCAUCGCUGAUCAGGAUGAUGGUUGGAUACAGAUCGUCAAUUCUAUGGUACAAGUUGUCCCUAUUGACGAGGCACUGGGUCCUGCAGUCAUCACUCUAUUACUUGACGACUGUCCCCUUCCUAAUAAAGAAACCGUUUUACGCCUGUCACGCCAUUUUGACUUAUCGAGGAAAAAUCACUGCACAAGUACAAAAGACCCAAGGAAACAAAGGAACAUCUGCAUUGUACUUGGUUUCCUGGCAGAAAAACUUUCGGGACCAAGUAGUGUAGGGAUUUUGACAAAAGGAACUUUAGAUUUUCUUAUUUCUAAUUUGGAAGAGGGCACAGAACCUGUUGUUACACUGUUUUCUCUUAUUGCACUAGAAAAAUUUGCCCAGACAAGUGAAAACAAGAUUACUAUAAAAGAAGAUUUGAAGAAAGCAGGAGACCCGUUGAUAAAACUUGAAAAAAAGAUCGGAUCAGAAAACUUAAUUGAGGCACAAGUUGGAUUCUGUGCCCAAUGGUGUUUAGACAACUUAUUCUUAAUUGAAGGAAGGAAAUUCUCUUACGAGACAGUAGAUAUGUCUAAUAUCAAUGCUAUGUUGAACACGAGAGAUGUCAGCGAGUAUUUGAAAAUAUCACCUGAUGGACUUGAGGCAAGGUGUGAUGCAUAUUCUUUUGAGAGUGUACGCUGCACAUUCCCUGUAACUGAAGGAGUAUGGUAUUAUGAAGUAACCCUGCUUAGUCCCGGUGUAAUGCAAAUUGGUUGGGCGACAAAGCUCAGCAAAUUUUUAAAUCAUGAAGGUUAUGGUAUCGGCGAUGAUGAAUAUUCUCUUGCAUACGAUGGCUGCAGGGAACUGCUUUGGCACAAUGCAAAGUCAUUAUAUAUCCCUUACAGCUGUUGGAGUAGCGGAGAUACAGUCGGUUCGCUUCUACAAAUUGACUCCUCCAAGGUCACAUUUUUUUUAAAUGGCAAAACAAUUGUUGAUUCAUCUGUGGUAUUUAAAGCAUCAUCGACUGAAUAUUUCGCUGGAGCCAGUUUUAUGUCCUUUCAGCAGUGCAGGUUUAAUUUUGGUAGCCGUCCUUUCCUCCAUCCUCCAAAAGAUAUUGAAUUCAAAUGUUUCAAUGAUCAUGCUUCAUUAACAGAUCAAGAAAGAAUAGUUCUACCAAGGCAUUUACAAUUAGAAGCGGUAAGAAAUAUGAGUAUAAAAGAAGACUCUUGCACAAUUUGUUUUGACCAAAAAGCUGAAGUGAGGCUAGAACCUUGUGGACACAAUGGUUUCUGCAAAACUUGUGCAUUGCAACUGACUGAAUGUCCGAUGUGCAGAGGAGUGAUUCACCACUUUUUGACUGAGCCCCCCUGACGCUAUCUUAAA